UGCCAUAUUGUGUCCGCGCUGCCGCCUGCACGGCUUCAUGACCGCGACCAAUAAAGCUAAAUGGGUCCAGUCACUGGAAUGACUCCAGAUAAGAAAGCUGAAACGCCGGGAGCACAAAAAGCUGCAGGGCUAUGGCAAUGUCGCGGGAUGGGAAGCAUGCCCCAUGCUGGAGGUGCUGACAGGCCAAAGGCCAGGGUGAUGGACAGAGAUUCGGCAGACGACGACGAGCUCACGAAUUUGAACUGGCUGCAUGAAAGCACUAACCUGCUAACAAACUUCAGCCUCGGAAGUGAGGGUCUUCCGAUCGUUAGUCCCUUGUAUGACAUAGAGGGCGACAGCAUGCCAUCCUUCUCACCGUCCUGCUACCAAAACCCUGAAAAGAAAUCCUCGACUUCUAAACCCCCUUACUCUUUCAGCCUUCUCAUUUAUAUGGCCAUCGAGCAUUCCCCCAACAAGAGCUUGCCAGUCAAGGAAAUCUACAGCUGGAUCCUGGAGCGCUUCCCCUACUUUGCCACGGCACCCACUGGCUGGAAAAACUCGGUGCGACACAACCUGUCCUUGAACAAGUGUUUCCGAAAGGUGGAGAGAAGCCAUGGCAAGGUGAAUGGAAAAGGUUCAUUAUGGUGUGUUGACCCAGAAUACAAACCUAAUCUGGUCCAAGCACUGAAAAAGCAGCCUUUUUCCUCAGCACUUGCAUUUUAUACUCCACCGGCGUCACCACCAAGUAGGUCAGCGUCCCCUCACUACCUAACUUCAGUUCUUCAGCAGAGUCAUGGCCGAUCUCUCAAAGAGUCCGAUAUUGAUGCUGCUACUGCAAUGAUGCUGUUAAAUACUUCCAUUCAACAAGGGAUGUUGGACUGUGAGAAACCUCAGCCUCUGAAGACACCUAAGAAGAGGAGUUAUGGCAGCGCAUUCAAUGCUCCCAGUUCCAUGAAUUUGCAGGAAAAUGAUUCUGUGGCCACCAAUAUCGAUCCGAAGGAGGAUCACAACUACAGUGCCAGCAGUAUGGGUUCCCAACGCUGUGCAUCCAGGUCCAGCGUGUCUUCCUUGUCCUCCCUUGAUGAGGUGUAUGAAUUUAUCUCCAAGAGGGGCCGUGAAGGAAGCGAUGGCAGCGAAGGAUUCCACAGCGAAGUGGAUACAGACGUUGACUAUGAAGAUGAUCCUCUUGGAGACAGUGGCUAUGCAUCACAACCUUGUGUAGAUACCUCUGAGGAAAGUCAGCCUAGCAACAAAGCACUCAAGGAGUUAUGUCAAGAAAUCGAUGAAGAGUUGAAAGAAGCAGCGGGGUCUCUGCUCCACCUUGCUGGCAUCCAAACGUGCUUGAGUUCCUUAAUAAGUACUGCAAAGACCCACUGUCACAAGCAAAGAAAAAAAUAGUAUGUUUGUCAGUGUUGAAUAUAUACAUAUAUUUUUUUUAAUUGUGGCAAUACUCUUCUACUAUUACCCUUCACAAGGGAGAUCAAAGCCAUAAGAGGACUCAUUGCUUUUUUAUUUUUGGCGCUAACUAUAAUUUAGCCAUUUAUUUUUAAAUCACUGCCUAAAAGGAAAAAAAAUUAUUAUUUAAUCUUCUCUAAUUAGAAGAGGUGCAUGACUUGUGAAAACCUGAAAGCAUACUUCUUAAUGAUCACUUCUGGUUUGUUUGGGUUUUUUUUUUUUUCUUUGUAAUGGUUGAUUUUAUUUUUUUUUCCAGAGCUAUGUUUGUUCAGAUGCACAUUGUGGAUCAUAUUUACAUCUCUGCUGGGCCCAACUGCAGAGGUGAAUUUUGCCCUGUAUAAGGGUUCUGACUACCAUGUAAAGGAUUAAAAAAAGAGGACAAGAAAGAAAGGGGAUUAAAAAAAGGUCCCAGCCGUGGCUGCCUCCUCCCACCUGGCCUCUCCUUGCCCUUCUGAGACAGGCCCCGGUGGAAAUGCUGGCAAAGCAACUCUGAGUGGCUGCAGUUUUCAGCCCAUCUGAAAACUUGUAGUGCUUCUGGAGCUGCUUUCAGCAAGAUGCUCAGUACCCCCUGGAAAAGUGGGGAUAAGAGGCAGCUGAGGUGGAUUCCACCUGCGGUGGAUUCCACCUGCGGUUUUCUUUUUUUCUCCUCCUUUGUCCAAAUCUGCUGUGUGCACGUCAAAUUCCUGAAGGAAAACAGUUUGGGUUUUUUUCCAUAUUAAGACAAAUUGUCCUUUUUUUGCCAUUGGGAAGGGGUGUGUCCUUUUCAUGCAGAUGCAUGCAUACACAUGUAGGCAACAGUGAAAGCUGCCACUUGCCAAAUUUGAUGUCAUCCUUGCAUUACUGUCACUGCUGAAUAUGUAGUAGAAGAAUAGUCCUACAACACCUGUCCCUCUGCUCCCCUGUACUGAUUUGGGAGAGGAAAAAAAAAAAACCCAACAGUUGAUGGUGAUGACAGCAUGAAUGAAGUGGAGGUUUUAGGUGGCUAAGUGGUGAAAAGGGAACAUCUCACCCCUUAAUCUGAGACAAAUGAAAAUGGCUUCCUUUUGGAUCGGUGAACCCUGAAUUGCUUUGGGAAUUUUUGCCCUUUCCCUCCAGUGCUUGCUGUUUUGUCACAUAUGCUGUCCGUACCUUUUGUUUCCCAGAUCACUGUGCCUUGUGCUAUGUGAGACCCUGUCAGCCUCCUGCUGCAUAUGGGGCAUCUAAUUGGCAAGGCUAGUCUUUAGCCUUUGGAUGCACAUCAUAGCUCAGGAGGACCUCUCUGUUUUUGGAAGAAUUCCUUCACGGUUCAUUUUUGCAAUAAGAAUCUCUCUGUAGUUCCCAGAUAUCCUUCAACCAAAAAUGUUUUAGUGCUAUGGUCAACUUUUUUCCUCUUUUUUUUUUUUUUCCAUUAUAAAAUCAGAGGUAAUUGCUUACAUCUUCCUGUAGGUGAUGGCUUUUUUAAACAGAAAAUCUGUUCAAAAAUGGGUAAGCAGUUCCAUUGGAGUGGGUUUUGACAGUAAUGGGUAAGCAGUUCCAUUGGAGUGGGUUUUGACAAUACCGUACAUAUAAGGAUGCCUUAAGUAUGUUGCAGAAUUAUAUAUGACUGUCGAAGGUCAUCUUUCCUGUUUCUGGAACUUAGCAUGAUGUGCCAUAAACAUUCUCACAAUCACAUGAAGCUAUUCCUUCCAGCAGGUGUUGGGCAAGCUGGUUGAAAAUUAGGAGCAGAGCCACAUAGAAAACCAAUGUCCACUGUUUGGUUGUUGAAAACAGUGCUGGAUUCAGCCAAAAGUUAACCUUUCCCUAACCAGGGUAUUUUCUGGCUAUUUGAAGGCCUUUCUUAGAUCAGUGUGGGGUUUUUUUUGUUUUACUUCUUGAUUAUUGGGGUGUUUUUUUUCCUGUUUGUCAGUCUCUUAUGAAUACUGCCAUAAAACGUCUACUUUAAAUAUGAACACAGCCAUGCUGCUGAAGGUCUGUUGCUCUGAGGGCCUAUUCCAGUGCCUCUUGAAGACAACGGUGGUGCUCCCGCUGACUCAAUGGCUGUUGGAUCAAGCCUGAAAUAUUUGAGGUUCUUUGUGUUUUGGAAUUUAAAGCCAAUGUUAUUUUUCUUUUAAAGCACAAACACGAGGGAAAAAAGUGUUAGUUAGGGAAGGGGGGGGUCCCCAGUUACUUCAGUUGUAAGAAUGAUGUGGUUUAUUUUCUGAAAGGGAAAAAAAAUACUCUGCUAUAUUUCUGCUUUAUGUGGAACAUCUGUUAGCCUACACCUGUAACAGGGAAACCUGUGUGCAGACCUGUAUGUCUUCUGGAUAUCUCAAGUGGUGCAUUAGCCAAUUAGACCUGAUAUCAGAUGUGUUACUGAUGGGUAGUAGGGGUAAAACUUGCUAGUUAAAGGCAAAUUAAGUACCAACACAGUGGUUCUUAGAGUUGUGGGAUUUAGAGCUAUCAGUACUUGGUAGAACUACUUUUUGAUCACAGGUUGUUUUUGCAACUUGAUGGAAGGCUGCAAAGGGCGGAGUUUGUAUCAAUGUGAAAACAAGGAUUCAGCUACACAGAGAUAUUGUUGACUGUCCAAGAUUUUGCUGGGUGCCACGAUUGCAGUCGCAUGCUGUUGAAGAGGGGUGCCGUGCUGCCUGGCUCCCCUGAAGGUGGUUCCAGAUUUUCUGUAGCUUCUAGCGAAAGCUGGGUCAAGGCCCCAAGUGUUCUGGAAACUGUGAUCAUAGUCGGCUCUGUGGUUUGGUUUCGUUUGGUUCUGAAUAGGGUUUUUUUUGCCUCAGAUAAAGUUUGAGAGGGUUAAUACUUAGUAGGAGUGUGGCUGUGCCGCUUUUAACACUGAAGUUACUGAUAAUGACUUCAGCAUUUCUGAAGAGAUGGGGUAACAAUGCAUUUAAUUACCAUAUGCAACAAGCAAUAAAACUAUACUAAUGGGAAGUUGGCGGUGAAAGCUGCAUCCAUCCUUACAGCUUUCAGCCUGGGAGAGCUGGAAUUGUGGGAGGAGGGAAGCAACAGCAGCUCUUCCUUGGGACACGGAGCGGUGUGGCAAGGCCAUGCUUUUCAUGCUUUGAGCCUUCCCACUCUCCUUCCAGAGGAGAAGGCAGCCGAUCUGUGCCCCUGACCCGUUCCCCCACUUUGUCCCAUCCUCUGCCCACACAUUUCGACAGGCAGAAGCUGCCAGGAGCACUCUUUUAGGUAGUGGGAGAAGAGCUGCCCUUCGUUUCACUUGCGUAUCUAGCAAUGGGUUUGGGUUGGUUUGCCACCUCUGUUGGAGACCUGGGUGUAUAUAGUAUAAAUGGAGUAUAACUAAAAGUUAUUUUGAUUGUUGGGGUUUGGGUUUGGUUUUUUUUUAGUGACAUACGUAAAAUGUUCAUGCCAGUGGUUGACUUGGAUAUAUUUUGGCAAGAAAAGUAUUAAUGAACCACAUUCAAUUCUUUAAAUACAGUGAAGAAGUGUAUGAGACCCAUGUACAAGGGAGGGAGGCUGCUCUGUUCAGGAUAAAUGUGAUGUGAAUGCUGCACGAACCUGUGUCGGCCUUUCAGAUUCCAAUACUAAAUGUACUGCUUUUGCAGAAGUCACAUACAUCAAAUGUUGCAAAAUCCAGCUGUAAAAUGGAACUUGUAUGAUUUUCAGCUUUUCAUCAGCCUGAAAAGUAAGUGCAAGCUUUGGUUAAAGCAAAGUACACUCAUACACAUUAAUAAUGGUGUAGUCAAAAUAUUUAUUGAAAAGAAAAGGUAGAAUAUUUUAAAUGUUGCACCUGCCAUUGUAUCUUAAAGCACAUUCUUCACACCUAACUGCCAGUGCCAUUAUCAAGUCUGUUUCAUAAAUGUACAUUUCUUCAAACUAAAAAGUGCAUAAUUAAAAGUAUUAUGUUACUGCCAUAUAGUGAUAUAAAACAUUUUAUAAUUGCCAAUUCAUUGUAACUAUUAUUUAUUUUAAAGUGAAUUGUAAGAAUGCUUUCUGAUCAAAUGAACCAGAGUUGUUUUUAAACCGUUCCUGUUAGCUUGUUUCUAAUGUAGCAUAAGCAAUGUCCUUGGGUUUGUUUAGAAUAAUUUUGCCAGUAGGUGACCAAUUCUAACCCUUUUUCUCCAGUUUAGUCCUUCACCAGUUUUAAAGACGAUUUACAGAAGUUUAGUUUUUUGUAUGCUAAUCUCCCUUAAUUAAAAUGUUUAUAAAGUUUAUUUUUACCAAAGAGAUGCAAUUCAUUAUGACAAAGUAUUGCAGAAUAAACUUUGUUUUAUAAUGUUUGUGACUUUUCUGCCCACAUUUUUCAGUCUGAUGAUCAAAGGGGCUUUUCUAAAAUAAACAG